CCCAUCAUGCUCCACGCCACCCAGGACGUUGCGUCGGCCCUCGGCCCACUUCCGGCCAGUGACGUAGUUCCGCUUUGCUGGGCGCGCGGUGGACGGUCUGAAACGUAGCUCGGCUUUCGCUGGGACUUCGCGGCUCGGGAGCUCAGCAUGGCUACCUCACGAGGCUCCUCCACGGCAGCCAAAACUAAGGCACCUGAUGACUUAGUUGCUCCUGUUGUGAAGAAACCACACAUCUAUUAUGGAAGUUUGGAAGAGAAGGAGAGGGAGCGUCUGGCCAAAGGAGAGUCUGGGAUUUUGGGAAAAGAAGGACUUAAAGCUGGAAUUGAAGCAGGAAAUAUUAACAUAACCUCUGGAGAGGUGUUUGAAAUUGAAGAGCACAUCAGUGAACGACAGGCCGAAGUGUUAGCCGAGUUUGAGAGAAGAAAGCGAGCCCGGCAAAUCAAUGUUUCCACUGAUGACUCAGAGGUCAAGGCUUGCCUUAGAGCCUUGGGAGAGCCCAUCACACUUUUUGGAGAGGGUCCUGCUGAAAGAAGAGAAAGGUUAAGAAAUAUCCUCUCAGUGGUUGGUACUGAUGCCUUAAAAAAGACCAAAAAAGAUGAUGAGAAAUCUAAGAAGUCCAAAGAAGAGUAUCAGCAAACCUGGUACCAUGAAGGACCAAACAGCCUGAAGGUCGCUAGACUAUGGAUUGCUAAUUAUUCACUGCCCAGGGCAAUGAAACGCUUGGAAGAGGCUCGUCUCCAUAAAGAGAUUCCUGAGACAACCAGGACCUCCCAGAUGCAAGAGCUGCACAAAUCUCUCCGGUCUUUGAAUAAUUUCUGCAGUCAGAUUGGGGAUGAUCGGCCUAUCUCCUACUGCCACUUUAGUCCUAAUUCCAAAAUGCUGGCCACAGCUUGUUGGAGUGGGCUUUGCAAGCUCUGGUCUGUUCCUGAUUGCAACCUCCUUCACACUCUCCGAGGCCAUAACACAAAUGUAGGAGCAAUUGUAUUCCAUCCAAAAUCCACUGUCUCCUUGGACCAGAAAGAUGUCAAUCUGGCCUCUUGUGCUGCAGAUGGUUCUGUGAAGCUUUGGAGCCUUGACAGUGAUGAACCAGUGGCGGAUAUUGAAGGCCAUACAGUGCGUGUGGCCCGUGUAAUGUGGCAUCCAUCGGGGCGUUUCUUGGGCACCACCUGCUAUGACCGCUCAUGGCGCUUAUGGGAUUUGGAGGCUCAAGAGGAGAUCCUGCAUCAGGAAGGCCACAGCAUGGGUGUGUAUGACAUUGCCUUCCAUCAAGAUGGCUCUUUGGCUGGCACUGGGGGACUGGAUGCAUUUGGUCGUGUUUGGGACCUGCGCACAGGACGGUGUAUCAUGUUCUUAGAAGGCCACCUGAAGGAAAUCUAUGGAAUAAAUUUCUCCCCCAAUGGGUACCACAUUGCAACUGGCAGUGGUGACAACACGUGCAAAGUGUGGGACCUUCGACAACGGCGUUGUGUCUAUACCAUCCCUGCCCAUCAGAACUUAGUGACUGGUGUCAAGUUUGAGCCUAUCCAUGGGAAUUUCUUGCUCACUGGUGCUUAUGAUAACACCGCCAAGAUCUGGACCCACCCAGGCUGGUCACCACUGAAGACUCUGGCUGGCCAUGAAGGCAAAGUGAUGGGCCUAGACAUUUCUUCCGAUGGGCAGCUCAUAGCCACUUGCUCAUAUGACAGGACCUUCAAGCUCUGGAUGGCUGAAUAGGCAGGGCCAUGGAAAAAGGACUCUAACCUCAAGCUCUUCCGUAAGAGCCAUUUUCAAAAGAAAGGAAUUGAUAUGUUUCGUUCUGUCAUGUUUUUUGCCAAUUACCAUGUAUAGACCCUCAAAAGAAUUGGAUUUCCAUGUCAGCUUCCACUCCAGGUAGGCAGCCCAGUCUCUUGGUGUUGAUGAACCCCUUUUGUAGUUGAAAUUUUUAUUUUCAUCUUCAAGCCCUGCCACGGACUGUGUAGACAUUGUUUUUAUUAAUCUUUUGUUUGAAUGCCCUGUUGCCUCCUUCACAGCACUCAGGAUUGUGACUGGCUCCAUUUUUACUUUUGAAACUUGGCUUUCCAUUACGUGGUACGUGCUUCAGGACUGCAUGUGACCCACAGAGCAAGCAGCUGCACUAUAGUCUGGAAGCCCUCGAGUAAAGAGGCACUUCUCACCACACACCUGGUUAACCAGUGCCUUGACAGUGCGAACCUUUCCUCUGCCUUUAGAACAGGAGAUGAAGAGGUAGACUACAGCUAUGCUCAGGGUUAUGCAGUAAAGAAGAUUUUACCUCUUCCUGUUGAGUUUGCUUGGAAUGCUAACUGCAUCAGGAAGCUCAGAACUGAACGUUUGCCCUGUCUGAAAAUGUCUUCCAUUUUGCUUUGAAGUUUGGCAUCCUUUGUGUUACCCCAAAGCUAGGCCAUUGUGUCAAGAGGCAAUGAAAUUUCUAGAAAGCAAACAUGAAGUCUCUGUUGUGCCACGUCCUUUGUAUUGGUUAUUAAGAGGAUGUACCUUUCAUGGCAGGGUAACCGGGAAAAAUCCCUCAUGGGUAUUCGUCAACGUCAACUUUCUUUUUUUCUUUAUUACGCACUUGCUACAGAGUAAAAUCCUAUUAUAAAAAAAAUGUCCUUUAAAGACUUACUUUGUAUAGUUA